CAGCACGUCUGUGACGUGGUGGACGCAAAGGAGAAGCCCGAAACCGGCGAUCGCGACCUUUGCGGGCUUUGUUCUCCCCUCCCCCCCAACAAAAACACGAUGUCGUCGUAUCCCCAGUCAUAUCCUGCGCCCCAGUACGGUGCUCCUUCCACGGGGGUGUCAGCCCCAUCAGCAUACCCAAGUACGAGCCAAAAGAACCGCAAAAUCACCUUCCCUCCACUUCCCCCAACAGCACAUCUCUUGCUUGUGGGGGUGUGUUCUGUCGGCUUGUGCGUGCCUCAGUGGGCGUUCCGGGAUACGAGGCGGCCUAUGCUGCCUACCCUCCUGCCUCCGCCUACCCGGCUGGCGAUGCUGCUGGCGCGACGUAUGGCUCCUAUGAGAUGCCGCCUGGCUAUCAGUAUUACCAGCAGUACCCCGCCGGCGGCUAUGUGGUGAGCUUUGCCGUGGGGCAAGAGACCUGCAGAUGUCCUUUCCUGCUGUGUCUUGGAUUGUGUAGGUGACCCGUGAAGCCAAGAAGAAGAAAUCUUGCUGCUAAUUUCGACGACCACCACCGACCCGACAGGCGACAACUACUCUUCAAGCUGCAAGACGCGCAAGACUUCACCAUUGAUGGAUGGAUACAUACUAGCAGACAGAUAUAGACGUUCGUAUGGGGAUGUACACACGUAUUUCAUAGGUGGAUAAAGGGGUCACAUAGGUAAGGGAUGGGCGAGAGAAAAGGGGCAGGGCAGGGCAGGGAGGGGGCACACCACACCACAGCACAGCACAGCACUCGUCUGGCCGACCGUUUUUUUGCUUCCAUUGUUCUUCUGUUAUGUCAUGAGAGUACAGCCAAGUGGGGCAGUCAGAUUGCAUUGCAUUGCAUUCAAUGCAUCCAUCCAUUCACCCACAGCACACCGCACAGACAAGAGAUCACGCCACACAUGUGUGGGGAAGAGAGAGCAUUGCAUCCACCCGAGACCCAAGCACCCCACCCAUCCAUCAUCACGCAUGGCUGAGCUAUGACUGACUGACUGACUGACUGGCAUGCCACGGACUUAUCAUUCCCAUGAGCUGAAAACGUUUGCUGCCGCCCGCCCUUGUAGUAUGAUUGAUACACGCGCCAUGCGCACGAGCGCACAUGCACAUACAAGUACAUGACACAAAAACGGUGAAAAUCGAACGUCUGUACAUGCAUUGCAAGCGGGACAUACAGAAAA